AUGUCUAAAUUCGGUGUCAUGGUGAUGGGCCCCGCGGGGGCGGGAAAGACGACAUUCAGUAAUGCUAUUAUCCAGCAUCUGCAGAACACACGCCGAAGCUGCUUCUACAUCAAUCUGGACCCAGCUGCAGAAACAUUCAAUUAUCAACCGGACCUGGAUAUUCGCGAGUUAAUCACCCUGGAAGAUGUGAUGGAAGAGCUGGGCCUAGGUCCUAAUGGAGGCCUGAUCUAUUGUUUCGAGUUUCUGCUCCAGAAUCUGGAAUUCCUGUCCGAAGCUCUCGACCCAUUGAGUGAAGAAUAUCUCAUUAUCUUUGACAUGCCCGGUCAAAUCGAGCUCUACACGCACAUUCCUCUCAUUCCGCAAUUAAUCCAAUACCUUUCUCGUCAAGGACCUCUGAACAUCAACCUCUGCGCGGCCUACCUCCUCUCGAGAGUACCUUCCAAGAUGGACCAGGUGCGCGAUAUGGUUUCGCGCCGCGAAUUUAGAAGAUUUAAAAAUGUGGAUGUGCAGCUGCUGUCGACAGAUGAGGAUGACCCUGCCGUCAGCGCCGACCCAAUGGCUACAGACGCUUUGAUGAGUGGUAGCUCAUUCACUCAGUUGAACCGCGCCGUAGCACAAUUGAUCGAUGACUUCAGCAUGGUCUCAUUCCUGCAGCUAGAUUCUCAGGAUGAAGACAGUGUCUCUGCUAUCUUGAGCCAUAUCGACGAUGCUAUCCAAUAUCACGAAGCCCAAGAGCCGAAAGAGCCCAAGGAUGAGCAGGAAGUGGACUAUGAAGAUUAG